AUUCUUGGAAAAAGAGUUACUAGUAGAAAUCACUCUUUGAGAAGCAAGGUUGUAUCGAAGAACGACUCGUCGUUUACUAUAUCACAGAUAAAGAACUUCAAGAAAAACAAAGUCUACGGCGAUCAAGAGGCAAAAUUAGCAGAUAAAUGGAGAGAUAUUCAUGGUCAAAAUGAUUGGGAAGGGAUGCUUGAUCCUAUCGAUCCCCUGUUACGAGCAGAGCUAAUAAGCUACGGUGAUAUGGCACAAGCAUGUUACGAUGCAUUCGAUUUGGAUCAAGAUUCUAAAUUCUGUGGUAGCUGUAAAAUUGAUCCUGGAUUAUUUUUUCAGAGGCUUGGAUGGUCAUCAAGUCAUGGUUACGAUGUGACAAGCUAUAUUUAUUCCAUGUACCAUAUUGAUGUCCCGAGUUUUUUCAAAGUACCCUUUUGACCUGAUGGAUAGAGUCACAAAGCAAAUUGGAUUGGCUAUGUUGCAGUGUCGAAUGGCGAAUAUUCAGCACAUUUAGGGCGUCGUGACAUAACGAUUGCUUGGCGUGGCACAGCGACAAAUCUUGAAAAGAUAGUGGAUUUUAUGGACUUCCAAAAACCAACUAGCUAUCACAAGAUUCCUAGCCGUGACCCGACCAUAAAAGUUGAAGCAGGAUUCUUAGACAUCUACACGAGCAGAGACGACGAAUGCAACUUCUGCAAGUUAUCAGUUUUAGAUGAAGUUAAGAGACUGAUUGAACUAUAUUCGGAUGAGGAAAUAAGCAUAACAAUAACAGGACACAGCUUGGGAAGUGCUUUAGCUAUUAUAAAUGCUUAUGACAUUGCAGAGAUUGGACUAGAUGUACGCGAAGACGGGCACGUUAUCCCUAAUGUGUCUUCUCAUCCUCAGGGCCAAGAGUUGGGAACAUUAGAUUUAAAGAAAGGCUUGAAGGACUAGGAGUGAAGGUGCUAAGAAUUGUAAAUAAGCAUGAUAAAGUUCCAGCACUUCCUGGUGUUUUUCUCAAUGAGAAUGUUCCAACACUAGUUCAAAGAAUUGGUGAAUUGUUCUUACCGUGGUGUUAUUUGCAUGUUGGAAAGAAGCUUGUUUUGGAUCACAAGACAUCACCUUUCUUAAAAGAUAUACACAAUGUCACAUAUUUCCACAAUUUGGAGGUUCACCUGCAUUUACUUGAUGGGUUAGUAUAACUUUUUUUUUUUUUUUUUUUGAGGUAAAGAUAACUAUAACUUCCUUAUUUAAGUUCUAUCUAAGCUUAUCAACUAGUCUUGAUAUUAAGAACUUCUUCUCAUAUUCUAUCAAAGUUCAUGAUAUAUUUCUUUUCCUCUUUUCGGAUAACCGAGAAAUUCCCGAGAGCCAGCUCACACACGAUUUGAAGGUCGAUGGGAUAACGAACACGUUCAUUGAUCCUUCUUCACUUAAAUAUCAAGUUUUUUGUCUAGAACAGGUUUGAACUUGUGACGCGCGGCUAAUCCAUACAUCACAUGUGUGCUCUUAUCACUAGACCUAAGACCUGGGGCUCAAUGUCAUGCUUCAUUGAGGCCUCUACAAUAUUGUUGCAUAAAAAUCUGAAUAUCAAAUGCCGAGGCCUAUGACUAACUAUUAUAUGUUCUUUACAUGAGUUGCAGGUUUCAUAGGCAGGGGCGGCUCAACUUAAUUGGUGGCCUAAAGCCAAAUUUCAGUAUGAGGCUUUAUUUUAUUUUUUAUUUUUUUAAAACAUGCAUAUACCAUUUGAUGUGUACUUUUCUAGCUUUUUAAAUGCAACGUUGUUAGUUGUUAUUUCUUGACGGACUAAUAAACAAAGUGUGUCA